UGCACCUCCACACAGACGACAAGGCAUGUAGACUUGCAGCAUCACUCUGCCUGCGGGGGCUCUGGCGCUACUGCACGUUCCAUGGCUGUCUGCUGUUGGCCCGGGUGUUGGAGGUGGCACUUGGGGGUCCUUUUCUGGUCUCCCAACCCAGAGAAUGGCAUCUCUAGGGCUGUCUCCACCACCUUCAUUCACGAUCUGCUCUGGAUGGGCAGGGGUUUGACGGCCUGCAAGGGAUCUCGCCCACACCAAGCACAUCCCUGCUUAUGCGGGAGAUGCUCGCCUUGCUCGUCCCAUAGGUAUUUCCGCUGUGUCAUGAAGCGCGUGCCGGUGGUCAUGGCAGGGCUGCACACUGGGCUUGAUGCUUCUCAUCUGCUCAUCGUCUGUGCGACCCCGGACAUGGGUGGUGGCGGGCGUUCUGGUCCCCCAGCCCCAAGCUACAAGGCAGUGCUCCAGAGACGAGACGGUCCCCCCGGCAGAUGGUGUAACUGUCCCAGCCCUUUGUGUUCUGCGCUCACACCACCCCAUCUACUCUUCCCCUCGCGCUUUCGCUCCCUCUGCCUGCAUCUCUGAGGUGGUGGCCAUGGUUGGUCAGAGUGCCCGCCCAGACCCGUCUGAGGACAUUGUUGCGAGAAAGCGAUCCUCACCUGUUCGGACGCCACGAUAGCUCUAGCCCCCAUCAACUCCCAAACGCCUGCAGGCCUCGUGCUCUUGCCGCCGGA